GCGAGGACAAACGAUAGCACUGGCUGGAUAAAGGCGUACCCAACCCGCCGGCUGGGUACGUGAAUGGAUAGUGGAACUGAAAUGUGACCGCUUUGCCCUUGGACGAGACCUACCAGACUCUUCCCCCCUUCCUUCAUCCACUUCUAUACAAAAAGCAACACACUUCAGUUAUCCGGCAUUUUCGGAUCACUAUUCACCUGUGCUAUAGUAGUUUCGUCGUCACUUAUACAGAAAUCGUUAUUUAUACCUCAAUCAACCAUGCCAAUUGAAACACCAGUUUCGCCCGGCGGAUUUCGAUGGCGCCUCGUUUUCGCAGCUUUGGGUGCCAUUGGCAUGGCCAUCAUUUACGGUCUCAAGGUCAAUUUGUCAGUAACUAUCGUGGCCAUGAUCAACCAGACAAGUCGGGAUGCAGCCGGCCAUGCAGAGGGCCAUGAAAGCCUGGCCAUUUCGGACAACGGAGAACUCGCAUCGGAUCAAUGCUUCGACCCCUUUGCCAAAAAGAAUUCGUCUGGCAAAUCAGAGGAUGGACCCUUUGUUUGGACAGAGCCAGAGCAAGGCCUAGUGCUUGGCUCGUACUUUUGGGGAUAUCUCAUAACACAAAUUCCCGGUGGUCGAGUGGCCGAACUUUUCGGAGGCAAAUGGGUGUUCCUGGUGGCUGUUAUCAUGAAUAUUGCGGGGGCGUGCCUGAGCCCCCUUUGCGCUCGAGCAGGAUACGAAUACAUGAUCAUCAUGCGCAUCAUUCAAGGUCUAGGCGGAGGUGUCACUUUUCCCGCCAUGAAUGUGAUGGUGGCCAAAUGGGCUCCCGUGGCGGAGAGAUCAACAAUAGCUUCCAUUGUAUAUGGAGGCACGGCUUUGGGUACGGUUAUUUCAAUCCCUACCGCUGGAUUGAUUGCCGGAAGUUUGGGCUGGGAAUGGGUGUUCUAUCUUCACGGUGGUUUGGCCGCCAUUUGGUGCGCCCUUUGGGUCAUCUUCGUCACGGACACUCCUGAUUCUCACAAGUUCAUGAGUGCGGCCGAGAAGCAAUUCAUUCAAAUCUCCACCGGAUCUGGCACGAAGAAAAAGACACCCCCCGUACCAUGGAAGAGCAUUGUUACUUCGUCUGCGGUUUGGGCCAUCAUCAUCUCUCAUACUUUGAACAACUUUGGAUGGUACAUGCUCUUGGUGGAAUUGCCACUCUUUAUGCGGACUGGACUAGGCUUCAACAUCAAAGAGAAUGCUGGGCUCUCUGCUCUCCCGUUUCUGUGCAACUGGCUCUUCUCCAUCGUGUACAGUAAUCGCCUAGAUUGGGCACGUCAUAAUGGUUAUAUUUCAACCACUAUGGCCAGGAAGCUCUCAAUGGGAAUUGCUUCCGUGAUUCCGGCUGCAUGCUUAGUGGGCGUGUGCCUCUCUGGAUGUGAAAAGACGGCAGUGGUUUUGCUCAUGAUCAUUGGAACUGGAUUUUAUGGCGCCAUGUUUGCUGGAGUCUUUUCGAACCACGUGGACAUUGCUAGCAACUACGCAGGUGUUCUCAUGGGUAUCUCAAACAUGGCAGCCACAAUCCCUGGAUUUGCUGUCCCAGCUUUUGUUGGUUUCCUAACUCACGGAGAGACUGGCACUGGGCCCUGGCAUAUAGUCUUUUACACAACAGCUGGGCUCUUGGCAUUAGAGUUCGUACUUUACUCUUUGCUGGCUUCAGGAGAGGAACAACCAUGGAACACUGGAAACGAGGCCAAGGAUGCUGAAUCUGCAGAGGAAGAUCAACACUUAGCCAAACCCGAGGAGUAGUCAGACCCAUCAUGCACCUCAAUUUUGAUUUACUAAUCUCUAAAGAACAGGACGAAGGUUACUAACAGACCAAGAAGCGAAGGAUUAAGUGACAAAGUGGCGGAAAAUUCCGCAUAAUAUAUUAUGAAUGUCCCUUUUCGUGAAGAACUUCUCUGUAAACUUAGUAACAUUGCACCGGUGAUUAUAUUUUCUUCCAAAGACCUUAUGAAAUAAAAUGUACGUACUUAA